GAGCUGUCAAUAACUUGUUUUAGCAUGUGGAGUCAUAAUUCAAGCUCUUGGACUGAAAAUUACAUACCUUCCAUCUCUGCUGCCUCAACAACAUUUUUGCCCCUUUGCUCUUACCCUGUCCGAAGCCAACAUGUCACUGCAAACUGAGCCAACAGUAAAUACUUCUGCACUGCAGAAAAUCGCUGCUGACAUGAGUAAUUUGAUAGAAAAUCUGGAUACUCGGGAGCUCCACUUUGAGGGAGAGGAGGUGGACUACGAUGUGUCUCCCAGCGAUCCCAAGAUACAGGAAGUGUAUAUCCCUUUCUCUGCUAUUUAUAAGACUCAAGGAUUUAAGGAGCCUAAUGUACAGACAUACCUCUCUGGCUGUCCGAUAAAAGCCCAAGUUCUGGAAGUGGAGCGCUUUACAUCUACAACAAGGGUACGAAGUAUCAAUCUUUACACUAUUGAAUUAACACAUGGGGAAUUUAAAUGGCAAGUUAAAAGGAAAUUCAAGCAUUUUCAAGAAUUUCACAGAGAGCUGCUCAAGUACAAAACCUUUAUCCGUAUCCCCAUUCCCACCAGAAGGCACACAUUCAGAAGACAGAAUGUCAGAGAAGAGCCUCGCGAGAUGCCCAGCUUGCCCCGUUCCUCUGAAAACACGAUGAAAGAAGAGCAAUUCUUUGGUAGAAGGAAACAACUGGAAGAUUACUUGACAACGUUACUAAAAAUGCCCAUGUAUAGAAACUAUCAUGCAACAACAGAAUUUCUUGAUAUCAGCCAGCUGUCUUUCAUCCAUGAUUUGGGACCAAAGGGCAUAGAAGGCAUGAUAAUGAAAAGAUCCGGAGGGCACAGGAUACCUGGCAUGAAUUGCUGUGGUCAGGGAAGAGCCUGCUACCGGUGGUCAAGGAGGUGGUUGAUAGUGAAAGAUUCCUUUUUGCUGUAUAUGAAACCAGACAGCGGUGCUAUUGCCUUCGUCUUGCUGGUGGAUAAAGAAUUCAGAAUUAAGGUGGGGAAGAAGGAGACAGAGACGAAAUAUGGACUCCGAAUUGAUAACCUUUCAAGGACACUUAUUUUAAAAUGCAACAGCUAUAGACAUGCUCGGUGGUGGGCAGGAGCCAUAGAAGAAUUCAUCCAGAAACAUGGCACCAACUUCCUCAAAGACCAUCGAUUUGGGUCGUAUGCUGCUCUCCAAGAGAACGUUUUAGCUAAAUGGUAUGUUAAUGCCAAAGGAUAUUUUGAAGAUAUUGCAAAUGCGAUGGAAGAGGCAAAAGAAGAGAUUUUUAUCACAGAUUGGUGGUUGAGUCCAGAAAUCUUCCUGAAACGCCCGGUGGUUGAAGGGAAUCGUUGGCGGUUGGACUGCAUUCUUAAACGAAAAGCACAAGAGGGGGUGCGAGUCUUCAUCAUGCUCUACAAGGAGGUGGAACUUGCCCUUGGCAUCAAUAGUGAAUACACCAAGAGGACCUUGAUGCGUCUACACCCCAACAUAAAGGUGAUGAGGCACCCAGAUCAUGUGUCAUCCAGCGUAUAUCUCUGGGCUCAUCACGAGAAGCUUGUCAUCAUCGACCAGUCAGUGGCCUUUGUGGGCGGGAUCGACCUGGCCUAUGGCAGGUGGGAUGACAAUGAGCACAGACUCACGGACGUGGGCAGCGUGAAGCGUGUUACCACGGGGCCAUCUCUGUGUUCCCUCCCAGCUGAAACAACAGAGUCUAUGGAAUCCCUAAGCCUCAAAGAUAAAAACAAAUCUGCGAAAAAUCUGCCCACCCUGAAGAGUGUUGAUGAUAUGGAUGCAAAACUGAAGGGCAUAGGCAAACCCAGCAAGUUCUCCAAGUUCAGCCUCUACCGGCAGCUGCACAGGCAUCACCUGCAGAGCGCGGACAGCAUCAGCAGCCUGGACAGCACCUCCAGUUAUUGUAAUCACUGUAGAAGCCGUCAGCAUUUAAUCCAUGGUUUAAAGCCCCACUUGAAACUCUUUCGCUCUUCCACUGGUUGUGAGCAGGGGCUCGCUAGACACUCCGUGGACACGGGCUCCAUCCGCAGUCUGCAGACAGGCGUGGGAGAGCUGCAUGGGGAAACCCGAUUCUGGCAUGGGAAGGACUACUGCAAUUUCGUCUUCAAAGACUGGGUCCAACUGGAUAAGCCUUUUGCCGAUUUCAUUGACAGGUACGCCACCCCCCGGAUGCCAUGGCAUGAUAUUGGCUCUGUGGUCCAUGGGAAGGCGGCUCGUGAUGUGGCACGUCACUUCAUCCAGCGCUGGAACUUCACCAAGAUUAUGAAAUCAAAAUAUCGGUCCCUUUCUUAUCCUUUUCUGCUUCCAAAAUCUCACACAACAGCCCAUGAGUUGAAAUAUCAAGUGCCUGGGUCCGUCCCUGCUAAUGUACAGUUGCUUCGCUCCGCUGCUGAUUGGUCUGCUGGGAUCAAGUACCAUGAAGAGUCCAUCCACACUGCUUACGUCCACGUGAUAGAGAACAGCAAGCACUAUAUCUAUAUAGAAAACCAGUUUUUUAUAAGUUGCGCGGAUUACAAGGUUGUGUUCAACAAGAUAGGUGAUGCCAUUGCCCAGAGGAUCCUGAGAGCUUACAGGGAAGGCCAGCGAUACCGCGUGUAUGUGGUGAUACCCCUGCUGCCAGGGUUUGAAGGAGACAUUUCCACGGGCGGAGGAAACGCCCUCCAGGCCAUCAUGCACUUCAACUUCAGAACCAUGUGCAGAGGGGAAAAUUCCAUCCUUGGACAGUUAAAAGCAGAGCUCGUAGGAGGUCAGCAGGAUAGGCAUCACCCCUGCGUUGAAGAUAAGGAUAUAAAUGCUACAAGGUUAACAGUUGGCAAUCAGUGGAUAAAUUACAUAUCAUUCUGUGGUCUUAGAACACACGCAGAGCUUGAAGGAAACCUAGUCACUGAGCUCAUCUACGUCCACAGCAAGUUGCUCAUUGCUGACGACAACACCGUUAUUAUUGGCUCUGCCAACAUAAAUGACCGAAGCAUGCUGGGAAAGCGUGACAGUGAAAUGGCCGUCAUUGUGCAGGACACCGGGACAGUCCCGUCGGUAAUGGAUGGAAAAGAGUACCAGGCGGGCGUGUUUGCGCACGGGCUCCGGCUCCAGUGCUUCAGGGUUGUCCUUGGCUAUCUUUAUGACCCAAGUGAGGACAUUCAGGAUCCAGUGAGUGACAAAUUCUUCAAGGAGGUGUGGGUUUCGACGGCAGCUCGAAAUGCUACAAUUUACGACAAGGUAUUCCGGUGCCUUCCCAGUGAUGAAGUGCAAAAUUUAAUUCAGCUGAGAGAAUUUAUAACCAAGCCCAUAAUGGCAAAGGAAGAUCGCGUCAGAGCUGAGGAAGAACUGAAAAAGAUCCGUGGGUUCUUGGUGCAAUUCCCCUUUAAUUUCUUAUCUGAAGAAAGCCUACUGCCUUCUGUUGGAACCAAAGAAGCCAUGGUGCCCAUGGAGGUUUGGACUUAGAGUUGUCAGCUCAAACACUUCUACAACAAAGAGUACACUGCACACAGUGGCUUUCUGGAGACAUAACAGCCAAGAGCUCUUGUGUCCAACCCACGGACCCUGUGGGUUGGCUGGUGAGGGCUGUAGUCACACUGAUGGAAGGACACGGAACAACAUCAGGGCUUUGUCAUUCCUUCUGCCUAUCCUUGUGAGAAAGGGACUGCAUUCUUAUUGGUAGUAUAUACUCAACAACUUAAACACACACUCAAAUUCCAUGAUGUGCACCAAAGCGCAUUUCCUUUACGAACAAGAAUUUACCUGUAAUUGUGAUCUAGGUUGCCAAAAGUUGUUUGACUUUCCUUAUUCUUCUCUGACCUUCACGUAUGCAGCUAGUGUCUGCUGGGCAUGGUCCACACAGGCACUGUUGGAAAUCUUGUUUAUUGUCAGAAGAUACCGUGAUGCUGCUUCAAGGUUCUUCAAGGUUACGUGGAAUGCCCUUGCCCAUCGGAUCCUGAAGUGGUACUGUUUACCCAAGCAAGGAUGUGGUCAUUAUUGCUUUUCAGAGACUGACAGGACAGUAAAGACUUGAGUCUAUACUGCAGCCCAUGUUAGUUAGGCACUUCUGAUGACAUUGACACUGCGUAAUAUAUAUCUUGACACCACAGAGCAACAGGAAGGCAUUAAAUUCAGUUACUGAGGCAGAGAUUUCACUUUGCCUCCAAAGGCCGUGACAGGAUGUGUCCUGAUGGGCCCACCUGAUCAAAUUUGAAAACAUGCGUAGUACACUUGAUUACGCAGCAGCCAAUAAAACUCAAGACAGAGCAUACAGCCUUCAGAAACCUCCAAGGUGUCUGUGGGGAUCUGACCCAGAUAAGAAAAGAAGAUUCCUUGGAGUCCUGCAAAAUUUCUUGUCAUCCUUAGCGGCUUGAUUGAUUGAAAUUUGAGUUUUUACACUUCAAAAUCAAACCAUUGAAUGCAAUUUGUCUUUCAAGAGAAUCAGAGGUUUCAGAACUUGUACGAAAUUAAUAAGUAUGACCCUGGCCUUACUUAACAUUCAGCUUUCCAGCAGUGUUAUCUUCUUAAGGAAAAAUUGAUUGCAAAAUAUGUGCUACUUCACUUGCAUUAUUAAAUAUACAUUAACAUUCCACCAGGGCUCCCGAGGAGGUUAGGAUAUUCAUUAGUUCAUACUGUUGUAGUCUGUGAAUUGUUCUGGAAACUUUUUUUGUUUUGUUUCCUUUUUGGACAUUAGAGUACUCUUUGGUACACCAUAGCUCUAAUUUUGCUAAGCAGAACUAUUGUUAUAGCUGAAGAGCUAAUGUUGGCUCCCAAAAGGCCUAUGUCCAUAAAACAUGCGGUAGAUGCAAUGCUUCCAUGUCUGUGGAUCACCUGGACAGAAUCUCAUUUGGGUUGUUCUUCAGAAAAGCAAGGAUUCAACCCCUGUUUUCAUGGGGCUCCCAGUCCAAUAGAAAAGGUUAAAAAGGGGCACAAGGUCAGUGAUCUGGGUUAGUAGGAGAGAGACAGUGUCAUACUCAGGAAAGGAUUUCACAACUAGAGAACUUUUCAUAAAUGAGGUGCAACUAUGUAAUACACAAUGAAAAUGAGGAGACUUUUAUGAAUAAAUAACUUUUUUCUCAGCUAAUCAUUGUAACAUGACUUCCUUCCCUAGUAGUUAGAAAUAAGACAGUUGCUAUUUAUGAAGUGUAGACGGGCAUUUCAAGUGCUGAGUGUAUGUGGAAUACCUAAGGAUUUCUUAUAUUUAAUUUUAAAACACUUUUUAAACUGGAGACUAGUCAACAAAAUUGGCUCUUGAUUUUGUGCAAGAGGCUCACAUAAAACCAUGAAAAAUUACAGCCUAAGCUGGGGUGU